ACACCAACUUCACCUCCAGAUCCAUGUUCAAUUCAACCUCUCCCAUGUCGACUUCCAUGUUAACUCCUUCUUGAUAUUUCCCAACUGAUCUUGGAUAACCUAAACUUCCAUUCCUUUUUGGAAACUGCUCUCCUGAAUUCAUUGCUUUGUUAAAGAGGGAAUAAUAGUCUAUUUUUUGAUAUAAACCAAAAAAAAAUCAACUGCCAUAUCCACCACCACUAUCGUAUCCGUUCUCCCCCUCGAAUCCACACCCACCGUCUCUUAUCUAUCUGUCAUCAUGAAGCUACAUUACAUUGGGAUCAUCCAGAACGACACCAAGCCGGGCGUCGAGCUAGUCGCCGAGAAGGAGUUAAGCGCCUACUCGCGCUUUACCCGUCAAAACUAUGGCGAGUUUAUGACCUUGUUUGCGAAGACGGUAGCGGAGCGGACGAGACCCGGACAACGACAAGACGUCGAAGAGCAAGACUACACGUUCCACGCGUACGGGCGGACCGAGGGCGUGUGCGGUAUCAUCAUGUCGGACCACCAGUACCCGGCGCUCGUGGCGCACCAGCUCCUGUCCAAAAUCGUCGACGAGUUCCUAUCGGCGCACCCGCGGUCGUCGUGGUCCUCGGGCCAGCAGGUGUCCAUGCCCGAGCUCAAGGAUUACCUUGCCAAGUACCAGGACCCGCACCAGGCCGACAGCAUCCUCAAGAUCCAGCGCGAGCUCGACGAGACCAAGAUCACCCUCCACAAGACCAUCGAGAGCGUCCUUCAGCGCGGCGAGAAGAUUGACGACCUCGUCGCCAAGAGCGAUGGCCUGAGUAGCCAGAGCAAGAUGUUUUAUCAACAAGCGAAAAAGCAGAACUCGUGCUGCGUCCUCAUGUAAACGCCUCCCUACCUCCCACCGCCAUUUAGUUUGCUAGCUAGUACUAGCUAGUUAGUUAAAGCGACAUGGUGCGUUGCUGUUCUAGCAUAGCGGACGGAACUUUGUAUGUUGCGGGGCUAUGUAUAUGGGAUAGUUAUUUUCAUUUUAUUUUUUUCGUCUAUCUAUAUCCGCGGGGCAUUGGCCCCCCUUAAACACUUACGGGGUAGGGAGAGGGAGGGAAAAGGAGAGACUUAUAUGUGAGUGAGCAGUCAUUCGU